AUGAACCUCAACUUGAACGACCCAGCUAUCCCGGCACCUGGAGAAAUGCAGCAGAGCCCAUCCUCCCGUAGCAGGGGUCCAUGGCCGCAUAGCCCGCACCAUGAGCGUGCGCCUAGUUUGGGAGAGCUGCACCAAGAGCUGGAGUAUGAGCAGGAAGGACAGGUGAACCGACUACUCAACAUGAUCCGUUCCCAACAAACCCAGAUCAACACCCUCCAAGCAAACCAGCAGCAGCCCUCUGCUUCCGCCGUCGACGACAGCACCCCGACCUCAGAGCGUUCCAUGUCUAUACCUCCCUCCCUCACACAGUCCACACACAUCUCACCACCUAUCGUCUCACCCUUGCCAUCUGCAACUCACCCUCGGUCCCGCUCUCCAUUCGGCUUCGGUACCAUCAGUCGCCAGUCAUCCUUUGCCGACCGUUCGCGACACAGCAGCCAUGCCGGAUCUCCAGCCCUGCGUCCUAUAUCAGGCCAAGCAGGACCCUACGACCCCCACGAUAUGCUUCCCAGCCCCGCGACUUCAAGAGACGAGAGUGCUUUCUACCAAGCCGAAACCCAGAACCUGACCCGCGAGAACCAGAUGCUGAAGCUAAGGAUAAGAGAACUUGAGCGCCAACUAGCAGACCAAAACCCCACCAGCCAAGUCACCCACUCCCCCACCGUCCACUCUGGCCUCGCUCCUGCCUCGACUCAUGAAAACACAGACCAAGGUAUCGAGGGCGGUCAGCCACCUGGAUCAGCGGAGUAG